AUGCCGCUGCCGGUUCAGGUGUUUAACUUGCAGGGAGCCGUAGAGCCCAUGCAGAUUGACGUGGAUCCCCAGGAGGACCCGCAGAAUGCCCCCGAUGUCAACUACGUGGUGGAGAACCCGACCCUGGAUCUGGAGCAGUAUGCGGCCAGCUAUAGCGGGCUGAUGCGUAUCGAGCGACUGCAGUUCAUUGCUGACCAUUGCCCACCGCUGCGAGUGGAGGCCCUGAAGAUGGCCCUGUCCUUUGUGCAGAGGACUUUCAAUGUGGACAUGUACGAGGAGAUCCACCGCAAGCUCUCAGAGGCUGCCAGGGAGCUGCAGAAUGCGCCUGAUGCCAUCCCUGAGAGUGGCGUGGAGCCCCCACCCUUGGACACAGCUUGGGUGGAGGCCACGAGAAAGAAGGCCUUGCUGAAGCUGGAGAAGUUGGACACAGAUCUGAAGAACUACAAAGGCAAUUCUAUCAAGGAGAGCAUCAGGCGUGGACAUGAUGACCUGGGUGACCACUAUCUGGACUGUGGGGAUCUCAGCAACGCCCUCAAGUGUUACUCCCGGGCCCGGGACUAUUGCACCAGCGCCAAGCAUGUUAUUAACAUGUGCCUCAAUGUCAUCAAGGUCAGCGUCUACUUGCAGAAUUGGUCUCAUGUGCUGAGCUACGUCAGCAAGGCAGAGUCCACCCCGGAAAUCGCAGAGCAGCGUGGGGAGCGUGACACCCAGACUCAGGCCAUCCUCACCAAGCUCAAAUGUGCAGCAGGCCUGGCUGAGUUGGCAGCACGCAAGUACAAGCAGGCGGCCAAGUGCUUUCUGCUGGCUUCCUUUGACCACUGCGACUUCCCUGAGCUGCUCUCCCCCAGCAACGUGGCCGUGUAUGGCGGCCUGUGCGCCUUGGCCACCUUUGACCGGCAGGAGCUGCAGCGCAAUGUCAUCUCUAGCAGCUCCUUCAAGUUGUUCUUGGAGCUGGAGCCACAGGUUCGGGACAUUAUCUUCAAAUUCUACGAGUCCAAGUAUGCCUCAUGCCUGAAGAUGCUGGAUGAGAUGAAGGACAACUUGCUGCUAGACAUGUACCUGGCUCCCCACGUCAGGACCCUGUACACACAGAUUCGCAACCGGGCCCUCAUUCAGUAUUUCAGCCCCUACGUGUCAGCUGACAUGCGCAAGAUGGCCACAGCCUUCAAUACCACAGUGGCGGCGCUGGAGGAUGAGCUGACGCAGCUCAUCCUGGAGGGGCUCAUCAAUGCCCGCAUUGACUCCCACAGCAAGAUCCUGUAUGCCCGGGACGUAGAUCAACGCAGCACCACCUUUGAGAAGUCUCUGCUGAUGGGCAAGGAGUUCCAGCGCCGUGCCAAAGCCAUGAUCCUGCGGGCGGCCGUUCUGCGCAACCAGAUCCACGUCAAGUCCCCUCCCCGGGAAGGGAGCCAAGGGGAGCUGACACCGGCCAACAGCCAGUCCCGGAUGAGCACCAACAUGUAA